AUGUUGGCACGGCAACUACUUGCCCCACAGCGCACGUUCCGGUCGGUGGCGUUGCGUGCGUCCACGUCGAUUCACGCACGAUUUCUUUCUGCGCCCGUGUUCCCCGAGGACCAUGAGGAGGACGAGGAGGUCAUGAGUGGCGGCGAGCCUUCGGGUUCCGAGUACGACACGCUUGACACGUAUUUGAUGACGCUGAAGAAGUACAACCCGCCGAUCAAGACGGGUCUGAAAGGUCUGAACCUCGUGCACGACCCGCUGUACAACAAGGGCACGGGGUUCCCUCACGUCGAACGGGAUCGGCUCGGUUUACGAGGUCUGGUGCCGCCGCGUCGACUGACGGUGAAAGCGCAGCUGACGAAGCUGUACGACACGUUUUCGCACGAGAAGGACGCGCUGAGCAAGAGCCGCUUCCUCACGGAUUUGCACGACCGUAACGAGACGCUCUUCUUUCGCCUCCUGAUCAAGCACAUGAAGGAGAUGGCCCCUGUUGUUUACACCCCGACGGUCGGCCUGGUGUGCCAAAAGUUCGGCCACUUGUUUCGCCGCCCACGUGGGAUGUUCUUCAGCACGCGCGAUCGCGGCCAGUUCGGCGCGAUGGUGCACAACUGGCCGGCGGAUGACGUGGAGGUGAUUGUUGUCACGGAUGGCAGUCGUAUCUUGGGGCUCGGUGACCUUGGUGCGAACGGCAUGGGUAUCCCCAUCGGGAAGCUGGCACUGUACACUGCUGCUGGUGGCAUUGAUCCACGCAAGGUGCUGCCAGUGAUGCUCGACACGGGCACGAACAACCAGAAACUACUUGAGGAUCCGUACUACCUUGGUGUGCAGCAGCCGCGUCUUACGGGUGAGGCUUUCUGGUCCAUGGUGGAUGAGUUCAUGCGUGCUGUGCGUCACCGAUGGCCCAAGGUGCUGGUGCAGUUUGAGGACUUCUCAAGCGAGCACGCUGCAGACGUGCUGAAUGCGUACCGUCUCAAGCAGCUGUGCUUUAACGAUGAUAUCCAAGGAACGGGCGCGACGGUGCUAGCUGGUGCUUUGAGCGCCUGCGAGCGUGUGCAGAUUCCGUUGAAAGACCAGCGCAUCGUGAUACUUGGUGCCGGAAGCGCAGGACUCGGUGUGGCCACUACUCUGCUCCAGGGUAUGCUGCGUGAAGGUAUGACGACAGAAGAAGCUCGCCAGCACUUUUACAUUCUCGACCAGUAUGGACUGCUUGGCGAGUCUCGAGAGAUGCUGAACUCGGGUCAGCAGUUCUUUUCGCGCAGCGACAUUGCAGACAAGACGAGCCUCGUAGACGUGAUCAAGCAGGCGAAACCCACGAUGCUCAUGGGUCUAAGUGCCGCUGCAGGUGCGUUUUCGCAAGAGGCUGUCAAAGAAAUGGCGAAGCACACGAAGCAACCGAUCGUGUUCCCGCUGUCGAACCCCACCUCCGUGGCAGAGUGCACAGCUGAGCAAGCGUACGAGUGGACCAAGGGCAAGUGUGUGUUUGCCAGUGGCAGUCCGUUUCCGCCCGUCAUGUACAAUGGCGUGCAGCACGUCAUCAGCCAGUGCAACAACAUGUUCAUCUUCCCGGGAGUGGGCCUUGCCGCGUCAGUGAUCCAAGCGACCCGUGUGACGGACGGCAUGCUCUACUCUGCUGCGAAGGCGUUAUCGCAGUGCAUGACACCAGAAGAGAUUGCAAGUGGGCAGGUGUUCCCUUCUGUGGAGAACAUCCGCGACGUGUCGCUCAAGGUGGCCACGGCUGUCUGCGAGACUGCCCUGGAGGAAGAUGUUGCCGGUCUCCGGCCGACGAUCCGCCGUGGUGCAACGCUAGAAGACUUUGUCGCUUCCAAGAUGUACUACCCGACGUACCAUGCGCUGGUCGAGUAA